AUGCCAUACUUCCAAGGCAUCUUAUAUCCUACCUUGCACGAACGCCUUGAGCGAUGGGCUCAAUGGCUACAAAGUCUCACUGUUUCCUUUCUUACCAGGGAUUCUCCCGACAACCAGCAGCCCGACAGGCACUCCGAAGAUGAAGCCCUGGAACGUAUCCGCUCCACCUGCCGCGCCUACGGCUUCUGGAACGACGUCUGGACCAGCAGACUGCAGUAUAUCUUUGGUGACCUUGGCAAGCCGCAGUUCCACCUGUCUGACUCGCUCUGGGAUGACCUCACCAACUGCGUCAACGCUGUGAUCCACACGGAGCUCUUCUCCACCGGUUCGACCAGUACCCUCAAGACGGAGCAUUACGUUCAGGAGUCUGAGAAUGCCCUGGCUGCUGGCAAGGCUGGUGUCAGCAACGAGGGUCACCUUGAAGCCGUUGAGGAUCGAAGGGAACUAUUGUCCGUCUUGGAUCUGUUUUCGGUGACUCGACCACAGGACGUACGUACCCCAACCCCCCCCCCUCACAUCAGCGUUUCUCAAGUCACCGGGCACCCGCGUCUGCGAUUCAACCAGCUCCUCGGCGCGCUGCAGCUGUACGGGUACAACGUGCCGCAGGUGAUUACGUGCCGACAAAUUACGCGGGCGACUACAGGGUACCUCUACCACUUCGUAGCCUCCGAUCUCCUCUCGAACACCGCAGCCGCCCUCCGUGCUAACGCAGCCUGGUCCGGCAUCGACGCCUCCGCGGGUGCAGCUGUGACUGAGGAAUUGGUCGGUUUAUAUGCGUCGUAUCUGACAAAGAUCGGAUUAUUGCCUACGCCUACUGCUGUGGUGACUGAGCCCGAGACCUUCCCCGAGGCGGAGCUUAAUGAGGAUGAAUGCGUUGCCCAUACUCAGCUGAUCAAAAGCACGCUCAACAUCUCAACAGUUGAGGCGUUCGGGGGUAACUCGGCAUUCGGCACCUCGUGGGAUUUUGCCGCAAUCAACCUGCCAAGGACAACCGCACCAGUUCACCGGCCGGUCAAGCACUCGCCAUUCCCCUCUUGA